UGCCAAUGAGGAAGCCUAACAAGCACAAAUUGUACUCCAUACCAUGCUAACAGUGCCCUUGCUUGCCAUUGGAACUGGAAUUACUCCAUUCAGUUUAUUCAUAUGGAAAAUGUUCUUCAAGAAACACGACGAUUACAAGAUAUGUUGGACUACUCUUUAUCGCAUGGAAGUGGCAAGCCGCUCGAGAUAUUAGCAAAGCUAAAUGAGUUGGUUUUUGCCAUAGUUUCAAAGUUACAGAUGGCUGAUCAGAAUAAUCAAGAUAAUGGGCAAAUAUUGGGACAAGUGAGCUCUUUAGCAUCAUAUGCUGCUCUCUUAGCAUUUAUUUGGUUUUGGAAUUAUGCACGUGAAAUUGAAAAUGAUCGACGUACGAUCACACAUGCCAUACGCCUUGAAAGAGAGCAAGUUAGAGAUGAGCUAUUGAGUCAUCUAUUUUCUUCAGAACUUUGUCGUAAUAUUUUAAGAAUGACCCCUUCGGCUUUUACCGGUCUCUAUGAGAUGUUAAUUAGAGAUGGAGGUCUUAGACCAACACUUCGAGCUACAGUUGAAGAACAGGUUGCGAAAACACUUUACCUGUUAGCACAUAAUGUGACAAAUCGCGAACUAUCUUUCAUCUUUCGACGAUCGGGGGAGUUGGUCAGUCGUCAUUUUCAUGUUGUCCUACGAGCUAUAUUGGGGCUAUAUGAAAUAUUUAUUAAACAACCUGAUGGAUCCCAAGUUCCUUCUGAAAUUGCCAGCAACCAAAGAUUCUACCCAUUUUUUAAGGAUUGUAUUGAUGCAAUUGAUGGAACACACGUACGUGUUAAAGUUUCACAAAGUGAAGCCCCAAAAUACCGUGGGAGGAAAGAUUAUCCAACACAGAAUGUAUUAGCUGCAUGCUCAUUUGAUUUAAAAUUCACAUAUGUGUUAGCUGGGUGGGAAGGUACAGCAUCUGAUUCAAGAAUUAUGAAAGAAGCACUAAAUAGACAAGACCCAUUAAAAGUCCAAAAGGAAAAUACUACCUUGUUGAUGUUGGACUCAUGUUAAGAAGUGGGCUUAUUGCACCUUAUCGGGGGGAGCGAUAUUGUUACGUCCCGUAUUUUUAUACAUUGGGACAACCCGGAUUAACUAUGACAAUUAAGGGCCAAGACUCUUUCGGGAUUUGAAGUCGGGAAUUUUGACCAUUUGAUUUUAUUUUGAGGCAUAAGUUGAAUAUGAAAUUGUUGGCAUUGAACACUUAGGAAAAUUUGGGACCAAAAUUCAUAAUUUGGAAAUUAAAAGUCUUGCAAAAAAAAAAGAUGUGUGGAUUGAAGUGGUCCCCACACAUUGUUGUGGCCAAUUUAAUUGGUCCAACACAUGUGUGGGCCCAAGGACACAUGGAGCAAUUUUUGUGGAACUUAAAAAGAUGACUUUCAAGUCAUCUUCUUGUCAUUCCAACACUUAAAAAAAAAAAAAAGGAAGAGCAAAGUUGAAGCCAUGGAGGCUCACGGCUAGAAACCAAGAAAACCAACCCUCAUUUUUAGCCUUCCCAAAAAUAAUUCUUUGGUUCAAACCCACUAAUUAGAGGUCCCUAAGUAACGUGGAAGUGUCGUUGGAGCGAUCAAGCCAUCAAAUUUGUGGAUUUCAAACCCUAGCCUAAUGGUGGAGUAAAGAAGAAAGGUAAAACAUUUCUCUUGUUUUAUGAGUUGUGAAUGUUUUGUGCACAAUGUAGUAUGUUAAUAUGGAUGAAAAUCAUGAGAUAUAAUAUAUUGGAAGUGGGUUAUGUUAUGGGUGUGUGAGCCGUGUGUGGGGUAUAUGUGGGUGUGUAUAUGGGUGUGGAAAAUGGAAUUGAUGAAUUAAUUCUUGUAUCAUGUAAAUUGUUGUAGAGUGAAGAAAUAAAUUAGAACGAUCUAAAUGUGUAUAUGUAUAUAUAUGUGGGUGUGGCCGUAUAUAUAUGGUCCCAAAUGUUUGGCAAAGAAUGAAUUAAUAUCGCUUAGCGUCGAAAUGGUUAUUGUGAUGACUUCUAUGUAGGAAAUGAGAAUUAAUGUCCCGAAUUGAUAUAGUAAGCGUUGCGGAUUGACUUGGAGAACUUUGUGCAUUUAAUGUAAUCUUUAUAUAUGAGGACCAUUAACAUAUGUAUAUGGGUAGUGUGGACGAAUGUGAGUCCUAUACUGUGUCGAAGAUCGCAUCACUAUCGCUUAGUAUUUUAGUUAUCGUCGAUAUGAACUCUAGUUGGAAAUGAGCAUCUAAUGACUUAAGAUUGAUGUUGAGAUUGCGCGGGCUGUUUUGAGGCUUAUUGUGCGUUGAUGUAAUUUGUAUAUUUAAUGAAAAUGAUAUCGUUAUAUUGUGGAUUGUGAUACAAAACAUGACGUGAAAAUGAGGAAUGUUUAAAGGGGGCAGUUCACGGUUUUAGGGGCUGUUUCGGCCAGAUUUGGAAAAAAAAAAUGUUGGAUCAUUGGAAAUAUUAUGUGAAUCGUUUAGAAUGUCCUUGAAUAUUGUUGGUAAAGAUUCGGGUUGAUAAUUGAAUGUAUGAGCUAUAUUGUGGCUUGAAUGUAAGCCGUUGAAACAAAUAUUAUGAAUGUUGUCGAAUGAUGUAAAAGAGAGUAUUAAUGCAAUAUUGCCUUUCGGAUUGAUUGUCGAUGUUGCUAGGUUGGUUGUUGUUGUUGUUGUUGUUGAUUUUGAGCGAGUUAAAUUCUCGGGAUGGCCUAUUUACAGGGGAAAUGCUGCCGAAUUUUCUGUACAAUUUAAUGAUUAGUUGGAAUAAAUGGCUUAAGUGCCUAUGUUUAAUAUUGGA